AUGGACCCGAAAAAUGGCAGUUCUUUCACGGGCUUUAUCCUGCUGGGUUUCUCUGACCGGCCUCAGCUGGAGCGAGUCCUCUUUGUGGUUCUUCUGAUCUUCUAUCUGCUCACCCUGCUGGGAAACACAAGCAUCAUUGCGUUGUCCCGCCUGGACCCACACCUGCAGACUCCCAUGUACUUUUUCCUCUCCAACCUAAGCUUUCUGGACCUGUGUUACACGACCAGCACUGUUCCUCAGCUGCUGGUUCAUCUCAGGGGAGCAGACAAGUCUAUCUCCUUCGCUGGCUGUGUAGCUCAGCUGUUUGUCUCUCUAGGGUUGGGAUCCACAGAAUGCAUUCUGUUGGGGGUGAUGGCAUUUGACCGCUACGCAGCCGUCUGCAGAUCCCUGCACUACACAGUGAUCAUGCACCCCCGUCUCUGUGCCCUGAUGGCUUCUGCAUCGUGGUUCACUGGUUUUGCCAACUCCUCAUUGGAGACGGUGCUCAUUUUUCUCAUACCGCUUUGUGGGAGAAAUAAAAUAGAGCACUUCUUUUGUGAGGUUCCCCCAUUGCUCAAGCUUGCCUGUGUUGACACCACUGUGUAUGAGUCCGAGAUCUUAUUUUUCAGUAUGAUCUUUCUUUUCAUACCUGUGGCAUUAAUCACAUUCUCCUAUGGUCGGAUAGUCAGGGCAGUGUUAAGAAUAAAGUCAGCCGCAGGACAGAGGAAAGUGUUUGGGACAUGUGGGUCCCACCUCACCGUGGUCUCCCUGUUCUAUGGCACAGCCAUCUAUGCUUACCUGCAGCCCAGCAACAACCAUUCCCAGGAUCAGGGCAAGUUCAUUUCUCUCUUCUACACCAUCGUCACCCCCAUGGUCAACCCUGUCAUAUAUACCUUGCAGAACAAGGAUGUGAUGGGCGCAAUGGAGAAGGUGUUCCGUCGGGGCUCCAUAUGACUGGGGGGAAGAGCCUUUGAUGGAGGCUCAAAUGUCAGAGGCUUUAAGAUUUUGUGUCCUUCAUGUGUCGUCCAACAUUCUCCUGAUGACUCUCAAGGGAAUUUCCUUACCUCGUUCAUUUUUUUAAAGUAACAUUUUUUUUUUUUAAAAAACUUUAAAAAAAAAGU